ACAACACUGAUUAAUAGCGCUGUGUUGUUGUUGGAUUGUUUGGCUAAGUGGCAAUAAUAAUAAUAGUGCAAAAUAAAUAGCAAUGCUUAGUACUUGAGCAAAAUGGAUAAAUUACGUGGCAGCGCGCAGCUGGGCGAUCAGCAGCUGCAGCAACUGGAACAGUAUCCCAAGAACACCAUUGAACAAUACUUGCGCGCCUCCACAAAGAUCAAGAAAAUCGAACGCGUUGUCUUCUUCAAACGUUUUGCGCCUAGCGUGGCCGAUGUCCAGGCGGAUUUCCAGCGUCUCGCCUACAGCUUCGAGGAGUCGGGCAUCAUGCAAUAUGCGGCAAUGUGUCACAUUGGCUAUGCCAAGUGUGAAUCAUAUGGCGGGUCACCACAACGCGAGGCUGAGGCAUAUGUGCGUGCCGCACGCGCCUUUAUGCUGGCCCACAACGAGUUCCGGCUGCUGCACUUGCGCACCGGCCACAAUGGCUUCCGUGAAGGCGCUCUGCAUUGCUAUCACAAUGCGGCGGAGCGUGUUGCCGACAGUGGCGUCUUCAAGGCGGCCGUGCUGCGCGAACUGCAGCAGUUGCAGCAACGCCAGCUGGAACGCACCAGCAGCUUUGCCUCGCCCACACAUCGCAUCAAUGAACUGGAGCUGAGCGCCGAGAUGAGCAUGGAACGCGAAGACUAUCGCAACGCACUGCUGCAGCUGGACGACAUCGUGGACAAUAUCUAUGAGCGACGUGCUCCGCUAAUGUACGGCGAACUCUUGCGCCGCGUUGAGGUGCUGCGCCUGCUCUUGUUGCUCCAUCUGAAUUUGCCACCAGCUCGUCAAUCGCCCGCCCACAUUAAGCUCAUCGAAUACUAUUACACGUUGGCACAAUUUCACCCAGACCAGAUGGCCGCACCGUGUUUGGUCUACAACAACGAGCAGGUGGAACGCCCCGGCGCCUUCGUGCCGCACCAGCAGCAAUAUGCGCUGGCCGAGAUCGUGUGCGCUUGGGUGGAGCGCAAGAUGUGCGAUCUAAAGCAGCUGUUGCGCGACUUUGGCAGAGAGCAUAGUUCUCUGAGUCAGACGGAGCGACAAUUGCUGAAAAUCAUCUAUUCCGAACUAUCCAAGAUCUAUUGAAGAGAAAUCAUCAACUGUAUAUUAUACUAUUUAACAUACAUAUAUAUAUAUAUAUAUAUAUAUAUAUAUAUAUAUAUAUAUAUAUAUAUAUAUAUAUAUAUAUAUAUUCUAGUACAUAGUGAAGAAAAUAUCGCUUAAGUGUAAUCAAGUCUACCAAUUAACAUUUUCAACGUGCCUACACGAGAUGCAAACGUAAAGCCAACUACUGUAAACAUUAACUAUCGUCUGUAAACGUUUCUUGAUGUGUUAACGUCUCAAUUACAACAUAACAACAAAACAGAAAUUCGAGCUCUAACAACCGAUGCAAUAAAACUAUCUGUUCUUACCAAAAAUAUCGUUAAACUUACUUAUUCAUUACGAUCCACGAUAUUUUUUCUUCAUAUUUUAAGUUCUUAAAAAUUCAGAAAUCUUGCAGAAAAUAAAAGUCUGCUUUUUAAGUUUGAUUAUUAGAAAGACUACCUAACCAUUUAUUGCUAUUUUAUAGUUUGUUCAAGAAAUAAUUUAAUCGGUUCACAAGCAUAUUAUAUAUAAUAUUUUUGUUAACAUAUCUACUCAGCAAAAAAUGCAUUUCAUUUGCUUUAUUACCUCCAAUUGUUUUUAUUUUUAUAUUAGUAAUAUUCAUUUAUUCACACAUAUGGUAUAUGUAUUGUAUAUUUUAUUCAUUUACUUUGCAAAACAAUUUUAUGUUCCGUUGAGAACAAAUAAUUCUGUUCCUAAAAAUCGGUUUAAAUUGUUCAGUAAUUGUAUAUAAAAAAAAAUGUUUACUGCGUUUUUAUACUCUAUGCACAACAUAUUUCAAAUUGUUUAUAACCUAUAAAAUCAGUUAGUUUUGUUUUCCAUUUGAUUUUCUAGCAUUUUCAUACACAUUUCUAUAUGUGUGUAUAUGUACUAUUUAUGUCUAAGCAGCUGCUGUCUCAGUCUAACCCAUGCAAUAUGGGCUACGACUUCUUGUGUGUGUGAGGGAGACAAGGGCAGUAGUAGUAUCUGUGUAUUUAUAUUUUAUACUAUAUUGUAUUUUGUUAUGUUCUUGUGUAUUUAGUUUUGCGUAAAUUAAGUUGAAACCUAACUGAAACUGAACUAAAUAAAUAAAAAACAAAGGCAAAGCCGCGUUUUCAUCAAGUUCUUCUUCUUCCAAGGACUAGAUGCUUCAGUGUGUGUGUGUUUAUGUGUGUGUGUGAGUGUGAGAUGAAAAUGUGGCUUUCACCUUUAAGAUCACAAGCUGUUGAAUAGUUGUAGUUUGAAUGUUGUAAUUUGGGAUUUUUCUUUUCACAUUUUAUUCAAUUUAAAUCGACACUGAAAAUCAAAAAAAUUCACCUAGAAAUUUGUAGUUGUUGCAUGUACGUGUGUGUGUAUGUGUGAGUGUCUGUGAGUGCAAACAGAAAACUAAUUGCGCAUAUAACAUACACAAUUCGCAGGGCUCCGCAAGCGGCAGGGUUGGGCAAACGUUUUGGAAAGAGAUAGAGA